AUAGCAUUGGACAACGAGAGAGAGGGAAAAAAAAAUCGACGGGCGGUGCUGAAACUGAACGCAUCACACACUCAGACCUGCAAAGAUCAGCCGUCAGAGACCAUUGCAACUAAACAUUAACCACUGUAAGGGAACACAUAACAAGGCAGAGCAAAGCGCUAGGAAAAAUCAACCAAGAAGGAAAAUGGCAGGUAUAUUAGCAUGGUUUUGGAACGAGAGAUUCUGGCUCCCUCAUAAUGUAACCUGGGCAGACCUAAAAAAUACAGAUGAGGCAACCUUCCCGCAAGCAGAGGACCUGUAUUUGGCGUUUCCUUUGGCAUUCUGUAUUUUCAUGAUCCGGCUGGUUUUCGAGAGAUUUAUUGCAAGACCAUGUGCCUUAGGUCUUAAAAUCCAAGCAAAUGGACCACAAAAAGCCCAGCCCAAUGCUAUUCUUGAGAAGGUGUUCACUGCAAUUACGAAGCAUCCCGAUGAGAAGAGACUAGAGGGCCUGUCCAAGCAACUAGACUGGGAUGUGCGCACCAUCCAGCGCUGGUUUCGACAGCGUAGGAACCAAGAGAAGCCCAGUACGCUCACUAGAUUCUGUGAGAGCAUGUGGAGAUUUACAUUUUACCUGUACAUAUUUACUUAUGGAGUGAGAUUCCUUAAAAAGACGUCCUGGCUUUGGAACACCAGAGAAUCUUGGUACAACUACCCUUAUCAGCCUCUCACAGCUGACCUUCACUACUACUACAUAGUGGAGCUGUCUUUCUAUUUGUCAUUAUUGUUUUCCCAGUUUACGGAUAUUAGAAGGAAGGAUUUCCUCAUUAUGUUUCUUCACCACCUUGCAACACUCUCCCUGAUAACCUUUUCAUAUGUCAACAACAUGGUGCGAGUGGGGACGCUGGUUAUGUGCCUUCACGAUGCUGCGGAUGUCCUGCUUGAGGCUGCUAAAAUGGCCAAUUAUGCUAAGUGUCAAAGACUCUGUGACCUCAUAUUUGUCAUGUUUGCACUGGUCUUCAUAAGUACCAGGCUUGGCAUUUAUCCUGUUUGGAUUUUAAACACAACGCUGUUUGAAAGCUGGGAGAUUGUGGGUCCUUAUCCUUCAUGGUGGGUCUUCAACUUCCUUCUCAUUCUCCUGCAAGUCCUGCAUUCCUUCUGGUCCUAUCUCAUCAUAAAAAUAGCUUGCAAAGCCAUUUCUAAAGGAAAGGUGGGGAAAUGGAAUCCCUUACAUGUUUCGAAAGACGAUCGAAGCGACGUUGAAUCCAGCUCUGAUGAAGACGAGGAACAGCCUCCCACACAGAAGGUUCACAACAGCGCCACCAACGGUACUAAUGGUGCCACCAGAACCAACGGCUACCUUUCUGGGGCCCCCUGUCAAGACGAACACUAAUCACUUGCCGAUUCGAAGUUUCAAACACUGGAAAGAUGUCGCAAGCACCAUUAGUAGAAUAUUGUAUGUGAGACAUGAACAACAUUACCUGUUUGAUACCAGAAGUACUUAAUAGAAUUUGUGGUGAUACCGUGUAUCCUGGUAUCAAACAGCGUUUCAAUAGAAUAUCAAAGCAUUCUAAUAGAGCGCUGCCCAGUCUUCUGUGCGUGAAAGAAUGAAGGAUUUCCAUUUUUAUUAUGUGUGAGCAUGCUCUGUAUAUGUAGUCGGACAUAAUGGGAGCGGUAUUUUCUUAUGUUUUGUCUUUGUAUAUUAUUUAUUUUUAUAUUUGUUUGAGAUUUGUGGACAAAAGGGAUUUUUUUUUCUUUGAAAUUUUUGACUUUCAAAGUUGAAAUUGCUAGGUCAUGGUCCUGCUGCUAUUAAUUUCACUGCUAAGUCUGCUUUGACAAAUAUGGGUCUUAAUUUUUGCCACGUGCAGCAAUUUUGGAUACGCUUUCAAUGCAGUGGUGUCAACUUGCUAGAUCAGUGGUUGCAUUCUUUUUGUUUACAGGUUUAAUAAUAGUAAUAAUGUAUUCAGUCAAUAUCUAUAAGGAAGUACACUUUUAUAAUGAUUGUAAACCAGUCAACCAGUAACAGUAUUAUGUCCAUUUAGAUUCAUUUUGAAGUGAAAAAGGUAUGACUGUAUUCCAAGUUCCUAUAGUAUUCAAGCAAUAGUAUAGAGCCAUUCAUACUUCCUUUUCAACAGCCUAUGGUGUAAAACCCUGGUUAGCUGUGGUUUACGUAAAGAACACUGAAAUAUUCUGUUGAUAAUAUGAAAAAAUUGAAAACAACAACGUGGUUAAAGCUUGUGUUCACAUCGGUGAAUUACAUAAUCUGUAAAUGAUUAGCAAGCCACUAAGCUGUUUCUUGCAAAGUAUAGUAAAUAACAGUAUUUGCAUUAGUUUGUUUUUUUUUGCUUACACUGAACAUUGCUUUGAGGAUAUAUCCUACAUUUCCCCGAUGAUAUUCACAUCAAUGGGAAACUCAUUUAUGGGAGCCACAUUUUAAACCGCUGCAUUUCAUUAUUAUGGAGGAGAACCUGAAAGCAUGUUCUUUCCUGGACAAAAUACUUAAUACUCUAAAUUCAAAUACACUUUCCGACCAAAGCGGUACACUCAUGCUUAUUAGUCAAGAACUUUACUCUGCAACUGACAAAUUGUUGUACGUCUUUCUCCAUCACUGAAACAAGGAUUUCCAGUUCAUAACAUGAUUAAUGAAAUUGUUGUCCGAUUGGAAAGCAAGACAGUUAAAAAUCCUUCACCAGAAAACAUGUAUUUAAUUGAUCAUCUGCGAUACAUAUACGGUAUGUAACCGGAUCACAUAGAGGAAAUUCUGGAAAUUUUCGGAAACUAAAAAUGUAUGGUUCCCAGCUGCAGCAGUGGUAUCAUCUGAUAAACUAAAAUGUUUUGCUUGCAUCCACAUAUAUGUGGUGCCAUCUAAUAGGAAAAAGUAUAUUGUCCAUGAAUCUUGCUGUUAAUCUCUUAAAUCUCUUGCUGUUUUAACCUAGAUAGUAAAUCAUUGCAUUCUAUUUUGGGAAAUAAUAAAUAGACUUGGUAUUUGUAGAAGGGAAAAUGGGUAGCAUUGAUAAGAAACAAAUGUUAGAGGAAGUCUCCUGUUAGGUUAGCGUGAUUGUCCAAAGCUUUUUUAGUGAUGUUUUUUUUCAGUGAUGUUAAGGCACUGUUUCAGUUUCUUAUCUGAAAAAGGUCAACUAUGGACUUUAAUAUCUCAGCUAAAUAAGUGGAUGCCAUUGACAAAGAAUAAACUGUCUAGAUUGAAUUAAUUUACUGUUUCCGAUCAAAAGAUUGCAUAUUCCAAAGUAUUCUGCUCUUCUUCUUAGAAUCAUGGAGGCAGCAGGAUUACACACUUAAGACGUAGUAUAAGGUGCCUUCUCUGAUUUCCUUUUCUAGUAUUCAUCAAGUAUAGAACCGUUGAUCUUUGUAUUGGAAUAUAUUUCCCCAGUUCUUAAAUAUUAAACAAAAGUAGCAAGAGAGUUCAAGCAGAUGUAUUUAAUUAACAAUAUGGUUCAAGCAUAAACACAAAUGCGUUUUUAUUUCAAAUGAAUGAAGUUCAUUAAAUAUACAUAAGAGGUUUGUAGUCUGCCUAAAUACGAGGUGAAAUUGCAGCAAUUUAAUAGCAAAGGUUUCCUAGUUUUUAUCAGUCCAUCAGUUUGGUUAAGAAAGACUGUAAUCUGAUUCACAUUUUUGACUGUAAUUGGUUUGGCGGACAGUUCUUAGUGACAGAAUAACCUUUAGGAAGUCCAAAUCUGAAAUUGUUGCCAAGUUUGUUUUUGAAUAAACUCCUUCAAACAAGACCA